UUCCAACCUUUUCUGCCACUUCCCUGCUGUAGGUGAAAUAAGGUGAAGAUCGUGGCACAAUGAAUAACAGCCAUCCUAAAGAGUUUGUUCUACUAGGCUUUGCAGAUCGUCCUUGGCUGGAGCUUCCUCUAUUUGCUAUUCUUCUUAUAACAUACCCCAUGGCCAUGGUAGGAAACACGGCCAUCAUUCUGGUGUCCAGGUUAGAUGCCCGUCUGCACAGCCCCAUGUAUUUCUUCCUCACCAACCUCUCCUUCCUGGACAUGUGCUACACCACAAGCAUCGUCCCUCAGAUGCUGUUCAACCUGGGAAGCACCAAGAAGACGACCAGCUAUGUGGGGUGUGCAGCUCAGCUUUAUUUCUUCCACAUAAGGGGGGGCACAGAAUAUCUGCUUCUGGCUAUUAUGUCUUUUGAUCGCUACCUGGCUAUCUGCAAGCCUCUACACUACACCCUCAUCAUGAACCCACGCAUCUGUAUCCUGCUGGCAUCCACUGUGUGGUUGACUGGAAUCACCUAUGCUGUCUCAGAGGCCACUGCUACCUUGCAGUUACCACAGUGUGGACUCAAUAAAUUGGACCACUUGCUGUGUGAGAUUCCUGUUCUGAUAAAGGCUGCCUGUGGAGAAAAGGCUGCUAACGAGCUCACACUCUCUGUGGUGUGUAUUUUUAUGUUAGCUGUCCCGCUAGGCUUAAUUCUUGCUUCCUAUGCUUGCAUUGGACAUGCUGUAUUUAAAAUUAAGUCUUCCGAGGGAAGGAAAAAGGCCUUUGGGACAUGUUCUUCCCAUCUCAUUGUAGUUUUCUUGUUUUAUGGUCCAGGCAUUAGCAUGUACCUUCAGCCCCCCUCCUCCAUCUCAAGAGACCAGCCCAAAUUCAUGGCGCUCUUCUAUGGAGUAGUGACCCCUGCGCUGAACCCUUUCAUCUACACCUUGAGGAAUAAGGAUGUGAAGGGGGCAUUAGGCAACCUAGUCAGGGGCAUUUUUGCAUCCAAGUGAC